UUCCAAGUUAUGAGAGCUUUAAGUUAAAUGAUGAAUGGAUUUCAUACUUAAUUAAUGAUAGGUUAAGUCUUUUAAAAUAUGGUACAAAAUUAUUAUCAUUUGCUAUUAAAGAACAUAAGACGGAAUUGAUCGAUAAUAUUUACAAAAAUUGUGUAACUCUUUUUAGACAAGAUUUAAGAGACACCAGGAAUUAUUUGAAUUUAUUAGGUAUUAUCACAACUUCAAUGCCAUUGUUGAAUAAAUGUUAUCCAGAUUAUAUUACAAGAUUUUCAUUAGAUACAGUUAUGAUUAUAGACUCACCUAAUUAUCAUAUAAGACAUAGAAGAGCAUCUUUACAUCAUCAUGCUUUUUUUAGAAAUAUUCAACCAGAAAAUUUUAAUAGGACCAUUCCAUGGAUUUAUUAUAUUAACCGUUUAAGGGAAUUACGUAAAAAUAGAUUUUGGUAUUAUUUACUAAAACUUGUUAAAUACUUGGUGUUAAUUUUAAUUUUACCCCUUUUACCCUUUUAUUGUGCUUUAUGUAAUUUAUUAUUAUAUUGCCAUUUUGUUUGUUGCACUAAAGAUGAAGAUAUACUCACAGUCGCUUAUUUUAAAACUCGGAGAAUUUUCCGUCUUUUUAGAUAUUAUACAAGAAGUAACUCAAAUAGUCAAACAGUGCCAGAAAUUACUUUUAUUAUUCCUUACAUUAAGUUUGUUAAUUAUCCACAAGAUUAUGAUUGGUAUUGGGAAUUAAUUAAGCCUAAAACUAGUCCAUUUAUCGAAGUAAAAAAUAGAGAUAUAUAUAAAACAUGGAGUGGUGAAUUAAUAAUUAAUUUUAAAUGGAAUACUUUUGGGAAAUAUUAUUAUGCAAUAAUU